AUGGGCGACAUGGCAAACAAUUCAGUUGCGUACAGUGGUGUGAAAAACUCUUUGAAAGAAGCUAAUCAUGAUGGAGACUUUGGAAUUACGCUCGCAGAGCUGCGGGCUCUUAUGGAGCUCAGGUCCACAGAUGCAUUACGAAAAAUACAGGAAAGCUAUGGAGAUGUCUACGGAAUUUGCACCAAGUUGAAAACAUCUCCCAAUGAAGGUUUAAGUGGAAACCCUGCAGAUUUAGAAAGAAGAGAAGCAGUGUUUGGAAAGAACUUUAUACCUCCUAAAAAGCCAAAAACUUUUCUUCAAUUAGUAUGGGAAGCAUUACAAGAUGUCACUUUAAUUAUAUUAGAAAUUGCAGCUAUAGUAUCAUUGGGCCUUUCUUUUUAUCAACCUCCAGAAGGAAAUUCUGCACUUUGUGGAGAAGUUUCUGUCGGGGAGGAAGAAGGUGAAGGUGAAACUGGCUGGAUUGAAGGAGCCGCAAUCCUGUUGUCAGUGGUGUGUGUGGUAUUAGUAACAGCUUUUAAUGAUUGGAGUAAGGAAAAACAAUUUAGAGGCUUGCAAAGUCGAAUUGAACAAGAACAGAAGUUCACCGUCAUCAGGGGUGGUCAGGUCAUUCAGAUUCCUGUAGCUGACAUUACUGUUGGAGAUAUUGCUCAAGUGAAAUACGGUGAUCUUCUUCCAGCUGAUGGUAUACUUAUUCAAGGCAAUGAUCUUAAAAUUGAUGAAAGCUCAUUGACUGGUGAAUCUGAUCAUGUUAAGAAGUCUUUAGAUAAGGAUCCCUUACUUCUAUCAGGUACUCAUGUAAUGGAAGGUUCUGGCAGAAUGGUAGUUACUGCUGUAGGUGUAAAUUCCCAGACUGGAAUUAUCUUUACCUUACUUGGAGCUGGAGGUGAAGAGGAAGAGAAGAAAGAUGAGAAGAAAAAGGAAAAGAAAAAUAAGAAACAAGAUGGAGCUAUUGAGAAUCGAAACAAAGCAAAAGCUCAGGAUGGUGCAGCCAUGGAAAUGCAGCCAUUAAAGAGUGAAGACGGUGGAGAUGGUGAUGAGAAAGACAAAAAGAAAGCAAAUUUGCCAAAAAAGGAAAAAUCCGUUUUACAAGGGAAACUAACAAAACUGGCUGUUCAGAUUGGCAAAGCAGGUCUGUUGAUGUCUGCCAUCACAGUUAUCAUUCUAGUAUUAUAUUUUGUAAUUGAUACAUUCUGGGUUCAGAAGAGACCAUGGCUUGCUGAGUGCACACCGAUUUACAUACAAUAUUUUGUGAAGUUCUUCAUUAUCGGAGUUACGGUUUUAGUGGUCGCAGUGCCAGAAGGUCUUCCACUUGCAGUCACUAUUUCACUGGCUUAUUCAGUCAAGAAAAUGAUGAAAGAUAAUAACUUAGUAAGGCAUCUGGAUGCUUGUGAAACCAUGGGAAAUGCUACAGCUAUUUGUUCAGAUAAGACAGGAACAUUGACAAUGAACAGAAUGACAGUUGUUCAAGCUUACAUAAAUGAAAAACAUUAUAAAAAGGUUCCUGAACCAGAAGCUAUUCCACCAAAUAUUUUGUCCUAUCUUGUGACAGGAAUUUCUGUGAAUUGUGCUUAUACAUCAAAAAUAUUGCCACCAGAGAAGGAGGGUGGAUUACCUCGUCAUGUUGGUAAUAAAACUGAAUGUGCCUUGUUGGGAUUUCUUUUGGAUUUAAAACGGGAUUAUCAGGAUGUUAGAAAUGAAAUACCAGAAGAAGCACUGUAUAAAGUCUACACCUUCAAUUCUGUUCGGAAGUCCAUGAGCACUGUCUUGAAAAAUUCAGAUGGAAGCUUUCGAAUAUUCAGCAAGGGUGCCUCUGAGAUAAUUCUGAAAAAGUGUUUCAAAAUCUUGAGUGCUAAUGGUGAGGCAAAAGUAUUCAGACCAAGGGACCGUGAUGAUAUUGUAAAAACUGUGAUUGAACCGAUGGCAUCAGAAGGCUUGAGAACCAUAUGUCUUGCAUUCAGAGAUUUUCCAGCAGGAGAACCAGAACCAGAGUGGGAUAAUGAAAAUGAUAUUGUCACCGGCCUUACAUGCAUUGCUGUUGUGGGGAUUGAAGAUCCUGUGAGACCUGAGGUACCAGAUGCAAUAAAGAAAUGUCAGAGGGCUGGAAUUACUGUACGAAUGGUCACUGGUGAUAAUAUUAAUACUGCUCGAGCUAUUGCUACGAAGUGUGGUAUUUUACAUCCUGGGGAAGAUUUUCUGUGCCUGGAAGGUAAAGAUUUUAACAGAAGAAUACGAAAUGAAAAAGGAGAGAUUGAACAAGAGCGGAUAGACAAAAUUUGGCCAAAGCUUCGAGUACUUGCAAGAUCCUCUCCUACUGACAAGCAUACACUGGUUAAAGGUAUAAUUGACAGCACUGUCUCAGAACAACGCCAAGUUGUAGCUGUAACUGGUGAUGGUACAAAUGAUGGCCCAGCGCUAAAGAAAGCAGAUGUUGGAUUUGCAAUGGGUAUUGCUGGAACUGAUGUAGCUAAAGAAGCAUCUGAUAUUAUUCUCACAGAUGACAACUUUACAAGCAUUGUUAAAGCAGUUAUGUGGGGACGAAAUGUCUAUGACAGCAUCUCAAAAUUUCUGCAGUUCCAACUUACUGUUAAUGUUGUAGCAGUGAUUGUUGCUUUCACAGGAGCUUGUAUUACUCAAGAUUCACCGCUUAAAGCUGUGCAGAUGCUGUGGGUAAACCUCAUAAUGGACACACUUGCUUCCCUGGCUCUGGCAACGGAACCACCCACUGAGUCUCUCUUACUUCGGAAACCGUACGGUAGAAAUAAGCCUCUCAUCUCACGCACAAUGAUGAAGAAUAUUUUGGGUCAUGCAUUCUAUCAACUCGUAGUAGUUUUUACACUCUUAUUUGCUGGAGAAAAGUUUUUUGAUAUUGAUAGUGGAAGAAAUGCUCCUUUGCAUGCUCCUCCUUCAGAACAUUAUACUAUUGUUUUUAAUACCUUUGUGCUGAUGCAACUUUUCAAUGAAAUAAAUGCCCGGAAAAUCCAUGGUGAAAGAAAUGUGUUUGAAGGAAUCUUUAAUAACGCCAUCUUCUGCUCAAUUGUUUUAGGCACUUUUGUGGUACAGAUAAUAAUUGUGCAGUUUGGUGGAAAGCCUUUCAGUUGUUCAGAGCUUUCAGUAGAACAGUGGCUAUGGUCAAUAUUCCUCGGAAUGGGGACAUUACUCUGGGGCCAGCUUAUUUCAACAAUUCCAACUAGCCGUUUAAAAUUCCUGAAAGAAGCUGGUCAUGGAACACAAAAGGAAGAAAUACCUGAAGAGGAGUUAGCAGAGGAUGUUGAAGAGAUAGAUCACGCUGAAAGGGAGUUGCGGCGUGGCCAAAUCUUGUGGUUUAGAGGUCUGAACAGAAUCCAAACUCAGAUGGAUGUAGUGAAUGCUUUCCAGAGUGGAAGUUCCAUUCAGGGGGCUCUAAGGCGGCAGCCCUCCAUCGCCAGCCAGCAUCAUGAUAUUCGAGUGGUGAAUGCAUUUCGUAGUUCUUUAUAUGAAGGGUUAGAAAAACCAGAAUCAAGAAGUUCGAUUCACAACUUUAUGACACAUCCUGAGUUUAGGAUAGAAGAUUCAGAGCCUCAUAUUCCCCUCAUUGAUGACACUGAUGCAGAAGAUGAUGCUCCUACAAAACGUAACUCCAGUCCUCCUCCCUCUCCCAACAAAAAUAACAAUGCUGUUGACAGCGGAAUUCACCUUACAAUAGAAAUGAACAAGUCUGCUACCUCUUCAUCCCCAGGAAGCCCACUACAUAGUUUGGAAACAUCACUCUGAUUGUAAGCUGAAUGUUAACACACUAGCUGCAUUGUAAAGAAACAAAUUGAAACUGGGUCUUUUCUCAUAUUGUGACAGACAAGAUAGUAUUCUUGUCUUUGGACUUCAACAGAAGACACACUUGUACGAAUGUAGAUUUAUUUUUUUAAAAAAAAAAAGCAAAGCUUUCUGCCAGACUGAGGGUGCUUUUUGGGGGUUGGGAGAAAUGAACUGACAGAUAAACAGUAACUCAGUGUAAGUCACCCGUGGAUCAUCAGUAGUACCCAAGAAUGGUCCUGAACAGUGUGUGAGCAGAGCGUUAGUUUCUCUCAGUCCUUGAUGGGAGGGAAGGAGGAGUAAACCUGGGCGAGCGAGACAAAGAGCCCUGGAUCAUUGAAAUGAUACUUUAAUUUCUGCUGUUGGCUGUUAAUAAUUUGGAUUAUUUAUGUUUAUAAAUGAUGAACAUCUGUUUACAAAGGUUUGUAGAUACUUUUUUUGUUCCUGUUCAUAGAUGGGAAGCUUCCUUAUAACUGAUGCACAGAAAAAUUAGUCCUUCAAAUACUGCUGUAUUUUCAGGAAAAAAAAAAAAAGGGGGUGUUUCUAUUGAAACUGUACUAAAUUUUUGCCUACGAUUUACCUUGUUAAAUAUUGUAGAUAAAUUGCUAAUACUAAUAGCCAAAUAGAUAACAAUAACGCUCUGUUUAAAAAAAGAAAACAAAACAAAAAAAGAUGAGCAGUGGUGUUCUAAUGAAGUUAUGGCAUCUGUCCUGAUUAGUUUCUUAAAUACAUUUACUACUUAAUGGUUUUGAAACAGCUGUUUAAUUUUUAAAAUUUUUGAAAACUUGCUAAUAACCUUUGUUCAGAAUUUAGUAGAUUGUUUAAUGCAGGACAUCGACUACAUAAUGAAAGAUGCUUGAAAUGCUUUUGUUAUUUCAGGCAAAUCAAAUUAAAUCAAACUAUCAAACUACAAGAGAACUUUAGUCCUUUUUGUUUUUGUCUGUGUUAGUUCAGUGAUGUCUUGGUGAACUGUGAGUGAACUGUAUUGAUUUUUCUAGUCCUUCGAGACCUUCAUACAGCAUGAGGGCUGUUGGCAUUUUGAAAAAGGUUAAUAAAUAGAAGCAUACAUGUUUUCUUUUUGUUUUUGAAACUUGUUUGUAAACAUAAAUAAAUAUGCCCUUUUAUUAAAUAAAUACAUGGCAAUGUUUUUUUAAAAGGCAUUUCAGCUUCUUUCCUCAGUUCUGCAUAUAUGGUGCAUCAGUCUGUUCUCUUUAACCACAAUUGGAAUAAAUUUCAAGAUGAUAACAGUCCCAUGAAGUACCGCUUUAAUUCCUUGGUGAUAAUCUAAUAGAAGCAGAUUGAGAGAAUUAUCACAAUUUUGCCAUUUAAUUUACUCUUCAUAGAAUUCAGUUUGUCUAAAAUAGUCUCACAGUUUAAAAAAAAAGUAAUGACCACCAUUAUCUUUGUUACUUUUAAGUCUUAAGUGGCCAAACAACAGAGUAGAUAAAAUGAGGUUAUGUGAAGAAUCGGAAAAGCUUCGUAAAAGAUAUAUUUUGAUGUAAUAAUCAUGUGCUGGAAUGCCCAUCAUAAGCCAGUUGGAUUCUUCAACUGUUACUUUCCUGCCUACCUUCUUCCUUUGUUUUUCGCCUUUUGUUUUUUCCCCCUUUAGAAACUGGCAUUUUGUUAGCAGCCCAGGUUUCACCAGAUAAACAGUCCUCAGGCUGACAUAAAGUUUAUAGGGACUACUACAUCUGAGUGUGCUGGCCCAGCAAAGAAACAUUUAGUUGAUGGUGCUUGAUAUUUUUGGUGGGUGGGGGAGAUCUUUUUCUCUCCAUCAGUUGUUUGCAGAAUCCUCUGUAAGUCUUAGAAACAUAUUGGCUCUGUCAGCAUUUGUCAUUGUACAUUUACUCAUCAGGUAUAUAUAGCAGCUCAUACUGUAAAAAGAGGUAGCAUGAUAUGCCAGGAAGCAUAUUUAGACUAGGAGUCAAGUCCUGGCUUCUGAAGUCUUGGUUUUGCCAUUAAUGUUGCUGCAUGAUCUUAGGAAAAUUGUUUACCCAAAAUGAGGGUGGUGGGCUAGACUAUCUUGAAGAAUCCUUUCAACUCUGUAAAUUGACCCUAUCAACUGGAGAAGCCUACUAAGGCAUAGGGAAUAGAGAAAAGGGAAAUAUUUUAUUUUCUUUUUUAUUUUGGUUAUGCUUAAAUAUGAAUGCAAUUACCAAAAGAUUUAGAAGUGCAUGUGCUUUGAAGGAUUUGUAUUGAGCUUUUACAGUAUUCAUUUUUCAACUCAAGGCAAUGGCUUUUUACACCAACUCUAAUCCAUAAACAGGUCUUACGCCAUCCAUGAAGUAGUAGCAAGACAUGCUUAGUGUGUAUUUUCUCUUUGAGACACUGUAAUUUCUAUCAGAAAUGUCCAGAGCAUUAUGUAAGUAGAAAAAAAAAAUGCAAGCAGGCUGUUAAAGAUCUUGCAUCCCAUUAUAUAGUAUAUAUAGCUGAAAUCAGCAUCUGUAAUUCACUUUUUCUCUUUUAUCCUCUAACCAAAAACUUGUUUAAUUUUACACCCCAAACGUUUUUAAUCUUUGUAUAUUUUUUAAAAAUCCUUUCUUCUUCAUCAUUGCCUUUUUUUGUGGUUGUAAAUAGACUUAUUUGCACUUUGAAGAUGAGUUACUCCUUGUCACCUUGCAGAUAUGUGAUAUGGUAAUUUUCAUAACAGAUGUCAGUUUUGAACCAAGAAAUGGUGAUUUGUUUAUAAGAAAAAAAAAACUGGCUUCAUUUCUGUGAAAUUGCUCUUUGAAAAUUUCUUUUUACACGUGUAAGCCAACUGAGAUACCGUGAUGGUGUUGAUUUCUUUCAAUGAUGCUUACCAUCUAUUUUAGCCACUGAGCCUUUUAUUAUUUGUCUAUUUGUAAAGUUUAUUUGUCUUAACUCAUUUAAUAAAUAUACUGUUUAUCUGUUUCUGAA